AGGAAAACUUCAUGUUGUUACGAAAUUAUAAAGUAGAAGAUGAAGAUAUAAUGCAGCACUCUUCAGGAGAAAACCUUAAUGUUUAUCCAGGACUUCACAGUACAGAAUUAUCAUAUAAUGGCGAACCUUUUCCUGAACAAUUGCACGUUGUUAUCACAGGUACAGCUCAGAAAGGUGGUAAAAAACUCCAGUGUGGUAAACAGUUCACAAAAAGCUUGGACCUUUCUACACAACAAAGAACUCACACAGAGGAGAAGCCAUACUCCUGUUCAGAAUGUGGGAAGUGCUUUACAUAUAAAUCAAAUUUUAUUAUUCAUGAGAGAAUUCACACAGGAGAGAAACCAUAUCCAUGUUCAUACUGUGUGAAAUGUUUUACACAGAAAUCAGAUCUUGUUAAACAUGAGAGACGUCACACAGGAGAGAAGCUGUUUUCAUGUUCAGAAUGUGGAAAUAAUUUUAUGCAAAAAUCAGAUCUUGUUAACCAUGAGAGAAUUCACACAGGAGAGAAACCAUAUUCAUGUUCAGAAUGUAAAAAAUGUUUUACACUGAAAUCAAGUCUUGUUAAACAUCAGAGAUUUCACACAGGAGACAAACCAUAUUCAUGUUCAGAAUGCGGGAAGUGUUUUAUACAGAAAUCACAUCUUAUUACACAUGAGAGAAGUCACACAGGAGACAAACCAUUUUCAUGUUUAGAAUGUGGGAAAUGUUUUACACAAAAAUCAGCCCUUGUUAAACAUCAUAGAUUUCACACAGGAGACAAACCAUAUUCAUGUUCAGAAUGUGGGAAAUGUUUUACACAGAAAUCUCACCUUAUUACACAUGAGAGAAGUCACACAGGAGAGAAGCCAUAUUCAUGUUCAGAAUGUGGGAAAUGUUUUACACAGAAA